GAAGAGAAAAAUGACCUUAAAUUGAUAUCUUUCAAUAUCACAUACGGAGUACGAAUUAUAUUACAGAAUUACUAAACUAUAUGUAGUGUGAGGGUGGGUAAAAUACAAAUACAGAGAUAACAACAUGGGAGACCCUGGCAGCUUACCUUAAAUCUAUAUAAACACCUACUGCUUCCACAUUUUAAGGAUCAACCCAAUUCUCUCUCGCUCCCUCCCUCCCUCUCCUCUCUCUGGAUGUAUAUCUCGGCGAAAAUGAUCCUUGAGAUCGCAAAUAAUAAGAAUAAGAACCCCUGGCUGGUAGGCAGUGGUGAUACAAAGCCACGGCUGAAAUGGACUCCAGAACUUCACCAUAGAUUUGUUGAUGCAGUAUCUCAGCUUGGAGGUGCUGAGAAGGCUACACCGAAAUCAUUGAUGAGAAAAAUGAACAUUCAGGGGAUUACUCUUUACCACCUCAAGAGCCAUUUGCAGAAAUUUCGACUUGGGAAAGGCCAGAAUCCUCAGCCACGCCAAGAUAGCAAGCAAGAAGCAAAACUGAGGACUUUGGUGCUUGCAGAUUACAUAGAACAUCAGAGUCAAUCACCUGCAGACAACAGUGAUGAAGCCCAGGGUCAGAUGAAUGACACCGAAACAGCUCAGGCUUUGCGAAUCCAAAUGGAGGUGCAUAGGAAACUGCAGGAACAAAUCGAGGUGCAAAGACAUAUCCACCAGAGAAUUGAAGCCCAGGGGAAGUAUCUCCAGUCUGUUAUAAAGAUGGCACACGAGACACUUUCUGGAUGUGGUUCUUCUAUAGAAGUGGAGCUUGCAAAAGCUGAAAUCUCUAAAUUGAAGUUAAUGGUUGAUAUGGAGUGCUUUAGCUGUUCAUCUUCAGGGUUGACCGAAAAAGAAUGUUCAGUAAGAAAAGACACAGAAUGUUUAGGAAGGAUGGGAUAUGAGCCAGAAGCGAUGGAAGAAGCUGGGAAGCAGGUGCCUGAAAAUUCUUCUGUGGAACUUCCAUUGAUGGAAAUGCAUCCUUCCUUUGGAAAUAGAUUAAAUGGUUACACAAGUGAAAGAAAAAGAAGCCAAUGCACCAGUUCUGAUAAUAACUGUAAUGAGAAACCAUGUGACCUAAUCUUCAAAGCCAACACAUAUGACCAAAAUUUAAAAACAAUUGGAUUCUUGAAGAAUCCGGACUUGAAUAAGAAGUGCCUUAGAGACUUUGAUAGCUGCCACCCAAAAGAUAUUGACUUGAACUGCAAUGGUCUGGAAAGGUUUAAUGGGUACAUAUAGACAUACAGUUUGAGUGUAAGCUUUGUAUCAUAUAAAGUGGCUGUGGGGCAUCAUCAGCUAGAAGUGUUGUGUAUACAAAUCAGAUACAAGUAAAUUAACGGUUAAAGAUCUUUUAUCCUUGAAGAACUAACUGUGAACCAACCAUACACAAUAUGUCAUCCAUGAAGAAAUAUGGAAAGAUUAAAUUUUUACUUCUAAUUCUUCACAAUAAACCUCUUUAAGUAUGUAACUAUAACUCUAUACAUAUGUGGAACUUACAACGACAAAAAUUCUUAUUAUGACUCCAUUUCAUCAUCAAGUGAAGCUGAUGUGGAAGCAAUAGGCUGUUCAGUUGUCUCCGCAUUUCCUCUAUUACCAUUACUCCCAAAUGAAAAGCUCAGCCAAAUCUCUCUCCUCUGCCCGUUAGAAACCUUCUUGUUCAGAUCAUCACCAUUUUCAGUGGGCAAUUUGUACCUACAAACAGGGCAAGACCCAUGAAUCCCCAGCCACUUCUCAAUACACUUCUGGUGGAACCUAUGCUUACAAGGCAUUUCUUUAGCAAAUCCAGCCAAACCCCACUCUUCCAAGCACACUACACACUCACUGUUCUUUUCAUCACCACCAAUCUCCACUCCUGGCAAUGAUUCAAUGGAGGAUUUUGAAGCUGGUAGCUGGCCUCCUUUGCUAAGUAGGUCUUGCAGAAGAGAAUCCAAGUUAGAUGAAGAUGAGCUGCCACCAGGUUCUAUGACGACCAUGCCUUGGGUCACAGGGUUCACGAGCACGAUUCGGUCAAGUGAGUCAUGCGCGAUGGGAGACUCACUAUUUACCUGGUCUGGGUCCGAGGAAUCUUGAAGUGGGGUUGGGUUUAUGAAGCUAAAAUGGAAGGGCAGGAACUGCUGAGAAAGGUCUCUAUUUCCUGAGAUGGGGUGUAGCGUAUCAAAGUCCAUUAUUGGGGUUUCUGCUACCAGGAUAGAGACUAUGAAGUGAAGCUUUGUGUGUAAAUGGGAGGGGGGUG